AAAAAAAAAGACAGCCCCUCCUUAUUGUUUGUAAUUUAUCCACCCAGACAAGAACAUAGCCAGUUAUAAUGCUGUCUUCAAGAGCUUUUAAUGCAGCGGCACGUCCGUCUCUCGGUCGUCGUCUUCUCGCCAAGAGACUAGCUUCUUCUGGUCGAACCGCUGAUCCAAAGAUUCAUGCUCGUAACGAUGGAGACGAGCCUAGUCUUUUCCCAUCAGACCCUGAAGGAUUGGAUGAUGUGGCGAAUCCUAAGACUCCGGCGGAUGAGGAUGUACCGGAGAUUCGACCACCCGGUUUUGAAAAGGAACCGCUUAAGCCUCCGAAAAAUCCACGAGCUACUUCACACAAGCUUGAGUCUACUCCUGUUGGUCUACCCGCAGAUCCCAAUCUCCAACAGAAACGAAAUUAAGAGCAGCAAACGCUUUAGCCGCUGCAACCGCCGCUUUGACCGCCUAGAUUUGUAAACUGAAGGCAGAAAUGUGUACUUUUUGAUCCUUAAGUCACAAAAAAAUGUUUACUUUUGAUUAGCU